AUGAUCGCAAACCUACCCGCGACCGAAAAGCAAGCUUUCUUCGGGCUGUUGGACGAAUACUUUGCCUCGCGGCCGCAUCGUCUUCCCCCGGCUGCUGCGAGCUCUGCAGCCCCUGCCACACCUCAACGCGGCGGGAUAGGUGGAUUGUCGGACCGAGCGACCAGUGCUGCGGGCAACGCAGCUGGAGCAGCGGCGGGCGUGGCCGUGACCAACGCGCUUCGGGACCAGUUUGCUAGGACCGGGUUGGGUGGCUCGAAAGGCGCGCCGCCACCUGCACCGAGUGCCAGCAAGAAGCCCGGCUUUUCGGUCCCUGCUGGACUGACGAGCGGAAAGACGUUUGGAUCGCUCAAUUUGGGCUCGAGGACAAUUUCGAAUACCCAAACGCCAGCAGCAGCGCCGAUCACAUCACCGACAAGGACACUGCCUCCGCCAACAAAGACCGGCGCGGGCGUUCCCCCUCCAGCAGCACCAGCAGCGGCACAGCCAGCAGUGAGCCAUCCACAGGGCACAUUGGGGACCGCUCAGGUGCUGUACGAUUACGGCGACGGUUCGGAUCCAGACGACCUUCAAGCAACCGAAGGCGAGCAGAUUUGGCUGACGGAGAAGAUCUCGGACGACUGGUGGAGAGCAAUGUCGCACGAUCAGUCGAGACAGGGCAUCAUUCCUUCUGCUUAUGUCUCUGCCUCCUUGUACUGA